UUUUACAAUGUUGCACGUGAAAAGUUAUUAUUAAUUCAUGAAUAUUUAUUAUGAUUUGUUUAAUUUUUUUUAUCAUCUGAUAAAGACUUAUCGCUAUUGAGGCUAUUGAUAUAUUAAGAACCAAACUUAAGUCAACAAUAAAUGAAGUCCACGUCCAAUGUACCGAAUCAGUAUGAUACCGAAAAUGUCAUUAAGUACUCUGAAGAUUGUGGAAACACUUCUAGUGUCAAACACUGGGAAGGCUAGGUGUAUGUCUACAGGGAUGCAGAAGGGGUCAGAUUUCUUUUUCAGGCAGUUAUUCGACACAGUGAGUAGCACAUAUACAUAUUUACUGGGUGACAUGAAGACACGAGAAGCUGUUUUGAUUGAUCCUGUUCUGGAACAUGCAGAGAGAGAUGCUGCAUUGAUAAAGGAGCUGGGUUUCAAUUUAUUGUAUGCAAUGAACACUCAUAUGCAUGCAGACCACAUAACUGGUACUGGGAAGCUGAAAUCUCUUAUCCCAGGCUCUAGGAGUGUCAUAGGCAAGUCAUCUGGUGCUAAAGCUGAUUUGCACAUUGUGGAUGGAGAUUUGGUCUCUUUUGGAUCUUACCAGCUAUUGGCUACUGCAACACCUGGACAUACAAAUGGAUGUUUAACAUAUAUUUGUCAUGAUCAGGGAAUUGCCUUUACUGGGGACACGCUGUUGAUCAGAGGUUGUGGUCGUACAGAUUUCCAAGAAGGAUCACCGGAGUCUCUAUACAAUUCAGUGCACACUAAAAUAUUCACUUUGCCCGAUCAUUACACGCUGUACCCGGCUCAUGAUUAUAAAGGACAGACAGCCACGACUGUGGCCGAGGAGAAGAAAUAUAACCCAAGAUUGACAAAGCCACUGAAAGAGUUUGUUCACAUCAUGGAGAAUUUGAACUUGCCUUACCCUAAAAUGAUUGAUAAAGCCGUGCCUGCGAACAGAGUAUGUGGCAUAUAUUAAUCUUAUAAUUCUGUGGGUAGAACAUCGUAUUGCGUUUAUAUAAAAUGUAACCAGAAUUAUAUAAAUUUACAAAAUGUUACUUUAUAUAUACAUAAUUAUAAGCUUGUAGAAAAAAGUAGUUUGUAAUUGUUGUAUAUAACAAAUAUGUAUAUAGAAAUUUAUAUUUAUUGAAUGUUGGGUAGUAAAUAAACAAUAUACAUAUAGGACUUUUAAUACAUAACGUUAUCACGCCGUGUUGACGAAACGAUAGAGUAGAUAAGGUUCAAAAUGGCACAACCUGGAAUUUGUGUUUUUUUGGCUCAACCCAAGAAUCCUAUUAAUUCCAUAUAAAAUUAACCUUAUGACUUUUACAUAUCGACUGUCAAAUAAAAAACUAGUACUUGUCAAAGACAUUCAGCGGGUUUUUUGUCUGGUUUUAUAAUUGUUUAUCAAUAUAACAAAGAAAUGUUCAUAAGCGUUUCAUUACCAAAUACAUGAACUCAUUAAUUGUGUUUCGGAAUUUAUUUAUUUCUAUUUCAGUUAAAACACCAAGGAAAUAUAGAAGUCCCCUACUUCUAUAUUGGUGGGGAGUAUUAGGUCAUACAAAUAAUUAUGUUAGGUUAUAGAAAUAUUAAUGUCAGACUUUUGUGCCACAUUUGCAUAACCAAGUGGCGUUAAUGCGAGAAGAUAACAGAUAUUUUAAAAAGUUAUACUAAAAUAAAAAUCUUAUACAGGUAAUCAGAUUUAUUGAAUAAUAUUUAAAUGAAAUGUUCCUAAAAACGAAU